AUGCUCAGAAAUAUUGCAAGAAAUCUUAUCAAACCAAGCAUACGACCAUUGUGUGCAUAUAGAGGUCUCGCUUCGGCCUCAUCGGCCAUACCCAAAGUGAACACUACCGUUUUGAAGAACGGUUUAACAGUUGCUACAGAAGAAGUCCCAAACUCUUUAUCGGCUACGAUUGGAAUGUGGAUUGAUGCAGGAUCGCGUGCUGAUGUUAGUGAUGCAACUUCCGGUACAGCCCACUUUCUAGAACAUUUAGCUUUCAAGGGUACAAGUAAUAGAAGUCAAUUGGGCCUUGAGUUAGAGGUAGAAAACUGUGGAUCACACUUGAACGCCUACACAUCACGUGAGAAUACGGUAUACUAUGCAAAAUCGAUGAAGGGGGACGUUCCAAGGGCUGUGGACAUUCUUUCAGACAUUUUGACCAGGUCCAAGCUUGAAAAUGUGGCUGUGCAAAGAGAAAGGUCAGUGAUCAUCAGAGAAAGUGAAGAAGUGGAUAAGAUGUAUGACGAGGUUAUCUUCGACCGACUACACGAAAUUGUCUACAAAGACCAACCAUUGGGAAGAACAAUUUUGGGACCUAUCAAAAAUAUUAAGUCGAUUAGCCAGAAAGACUUGAGAAAUUACAUCAAAACAAACUACAAGGGAGACCGGAUGGUUUUAGUGGGUGUGGGAUCUGUUAAGCAUGAUCAACUUGUUAAAUUAGCUGAAAAGGAUUUUGGACAUGUGCCAAUAAGCAGUGAACCUCUUCCUCUUGGAACACCAAGAGGUAAGUUGCCAGUUUUUUGUGCUGGCGAAGCCAAAUUUGACAGAAAAGAUCUUCCAAACACAUAUAUUGCUAUUUCAUUCGAAGGUUGUUCGUGGUCGUCGAAGAACUACUUUAGAGCUCUUGUUGCACAGGCAAUUAUUGGAAACUGGGAUAGAGCUGCAGGUGGAUCGAUUACACCUUUAGCUCAAGCAGUUUCAAAUGGAGUCAAUGGGAACAAGGAUGAGCCUCUUUGCAACUCAUAUCUGUCGUUUUCCACCUCAUACUCUGAUUCCGGUCUUUGGGGAGUUUAUCUUGUUGUUGAUAAAGCUACCAGUUGUAAGCCAGUGGUUGACGAAAUCAUUAAAGAGUGGAAACGUCUCUGUACUGGACAUAUAAGCGAUGAGGAGGUUGAAACUGCCAAGGCACAACUUAAGGGUUCGCUUCUUCUUUCUAUGGAUGGCACUACACCAAUCGCUGAGGAUAUUGGAAGACAGCUUGUUACAACAGGCAAAAGACUAUCUCCCGAGGAAACUUUUAAGAUUGUCAAUGCCAUCACAAAGAAAGAUGUUGUUGAAUGGUGCCAGAAUUCUCUUAGAAACAAACCGGUUGCAAUGGCUUCAUUGGGAACUAUCGAUACUGUUCCAAGCUACAAUUAUGUUGCUGAGCAGAUGAAAAACUAA